AUGUCCCAAGCAUUCGCAGCUUUUACCACUAGGUGGCUAAUGACCUUGAUCGUCGCCAUUGCCUUGCACUCCGCAAGCUUUGUUCACGGACUACCUGCCUCUAAAAGCGCCGACCUUCCAACGGAUCUUCGAAGAGCGCCCACCGACAACUUCCAUCUCGAUUCGAGACAAGACAUUCCUGAUGCUUUGGCCAAGUUUCCAUCCGGCCCGUUGAACCAAUUCCUCAGACUCAUCAGCACCCUCCCAGCAGGAGCCGCUGCCCUGGACGCAGUUGGUCUGGUUUUGACACCGUUGCAGCAAAGUCUUGCCGACUCCGUCGGUAUUGACACGACCGAGAACGGCUUGGCGCCGAAUGCUACCUGUGCCGAUAUCACUGUCAUAUUCGCCCGCGGAACCACCGAGCCUGGAAACGUCGGUCUCGUGACUGGCCCGCCUUUCUUCGAUGCUCUGAAGAAACAAGCGGCUGGCAAGUCUAUCAACAUUCAAGGUGUUGCGUACCCUGCAACAUUUGAAGGGUUCAAUAACAAUGGAACGGAAGGAGUGCCCAGCAUGACGAACUUCAUCAACAAAGCCAUCACCAACUGCCCUAACUCCAAGAUUGCCAUAUCCGGCUACUCUCAAGGGGCCCUAGUUGUCCGCAGCACGACGCAAUCGCUUCCAGCUGCGACAAUGGCUAGGAUCAAUUCGGUGUUGACCUUCGGCGACCCAGGAUACCCGAACCCCAUCCCUGGAGCAGAUGGCAAGACCCAAAUCAUUUGCCACGACGAUGAUGCGGUUUGCAAGGGAGGUUUUAUUACUGUGGACCAUCUGACUUACGCCGAAAAUGCAACGACGGCUGCGGAGUUUGUACUUCAGAAAGCGAACACUCAGUAG